CAUCUUACCUGGGGGCAGGUAAUAAAGCAGGAGGAGGGAGAUGGAUGGACAGGGAGGGCGGGAAGCCACGUGGUGCCAUAAAGCCCAGCUAGAGAGGGCCUGUCCAGAGUGUAUCCAGCCAGUAAGCCGCAACAGCAGAGUGGACCAGCAGCUCUUUGGAGCCGAGGCUGAAGCUGCAAGUCCAGGGCAUAGGCCAUGCUCCGAGGCACGCCAGGAUUAGGCCUCAGGGACCUUAAGUGGAGUGAGGGUUCUGUGGAGGACUUGGGGCGCUCUUGCCCCGAGGCUGGCAGGAAUUUUGGAGUGCUGAGGCGCAGCCUGGACGAGGCAGAGGAGGCAGCGGGCAGAAAGCGCGAGCGGCCCGUAAGGUCCAAGGCGCGGCGUAUGGCGGCCAAUGUGCGGGAGCGCAAGCGCAUCCUGGAUUACAAUGAGGCUUUUAACGCGCUGCGCAGAGCGCUGCAGCACGACCUGGGUGGCAAGAGGCUCUCCAAGAUCGCCACUCUGCGCAGGGCCAUCCACCGCAUCACUGCACUCUCCCUAGUCCUGCGCGCCACCCCGGCGCCCCGCUGGCCCUGCAGCCACCUGGAGUGUCACGGCCAGGCUGCUCGCGGCUCAGGUGCUGGGGACUCUGGCUUCAGUGUUCCUCGGUCCGCGCCGCCGCCUGCGGUACCUGGCCUGGGGCGCAGGGACAUCACCAGCUCUUUAGUGCCGCCUGCACCGCGCUGCGCCUCGUGCUCCCCGCACGCGCACUUGGUGGGGCGGCCCAGGGUGAUGGCCGAAGGGCCCAGUUUAGCCCAGGCCUCCGGGGUAAGCUGGCGCCGAUGUCCCGGGGCUGCCCCUGUUGGACCGAUUCCGUGGCGGUGGGGCUCCGGGCUGGGCUACCAGCACUCCUGACUGGGCCACCGAGAGGGAAACCAGGUUGGCGGAAUGACGACUGCCAAAGAGAAGACUGCAAAAGCCAUCCUGGACAGAGCAAAACUGAAUGAGCUGUGACUUGAGUGACAGAGGAGGCCGCCUUACCAGCGGGAAGAAACUCUGCAGCCAGGGCAGCCUCUCCACAUCCCUGCCUGAGUUGCUGAAGGAGUGAGACCUUAGGUUUGGACUUGGUCAACCGUUUCUUCCUGGAAAGUGGCCUUUGCUUUCCUGUGCCUCGGAGCCCUCUUUGCUCUUGCUGCAUUUGGACAGUGGGACUUGUGUGGGUUUGUGGGUAGACAGCUGCUGUGAUCUGUGGGCAAACGGUGUGGCCCUCUUACCAUGUUUGGCCUGCUGCUGAUCUGAGAGGCCCAGAAAAUGACCAAAUAAAAAGAAAGUGUCUUGUUCAUCCA